AUGUGCGCUAACAAGCUCAACGAAAUUCGUGUUGCAAAGCUUUGCAUCAACAUCAACCCAGGUGCUGUCGGUGAUCAGGUUACACGUGCCUCCCGUGUUAUUGAACAGCUCACAAAGCAACAAGCCAUGCUUGCCCGUUCUCAUCGUACAAUUCCAAAGUUCGGCAUUCGUCGUAACGAUAAGAUUGCUGCUUACGCAACAAUCCGUGGUCCAAAGGCCCUUGAAAUCCUCAACCGUGCUCUCCAAGUCCACGAUUACGAAAUCUCCGGCCGCUGCUUCUCAAUCGAAGGCAACUUCGGCUUCGGCAUCAAGGAGCACAUCGAUCUUGGUCUCAAGUACGAUCGUGAUAUCGGCAUUCACGGCAUGGAUCUUUACGUUGUUCUUGAACGCCCAGGCAACCGUAUCUCUCGCCGCAAGCACUGCCAGUCCCGCAUUGGUCCAAACCAGCGUGUAAAGCGUGAGGAAGCUAAGGAAUGGUUCGUCCAGAAGUUCAAUGGCACACUCCUUAAGUAA